AUGGCUUCGUUGGAAGAUGAGCACGCCGAAGUUUACAGACAGCUAAUAUCAGUAGUAGAUCAGCUGUUAAUUGCAACUAAAAAGGCCAAAUUGGAAGAGCUUCCUCAGACGAUUGAUAAAGAGUUUGAUGAAGCUUUGCACAAAAUGCCAGAUCUUCAACUGGCUCUUCUGCACGCAGAAAUCCUCAACAAGGAUACAGAGGAGACGGUGAAUUCAUUUUUGGAGAAGAUGCUGAAUAUACGGCUUCGCAUUAUAGAACAGCAUAUGAUAACCUAUCCCAUACUACGUGCUAUUCAUACAGAUAAUGAUUCUCAUUUAGCCAGACUGGCAAAAGAUUGUGACACCUCAAACAAAUCUCUCAUGGAUGAAUUGAACAAAACCGAUAGUAUCCAUAGUUUCCUUGAUGGAUCAGUUGCCAGCGUAAAUAGGUCUCUUGGAGGUCUUCGCGAGCUGGUGCAAAGCUAUCUUCAUCUGGUGGAGCAAAAUAAAGACCUCUCUUUCCAAAAUAAAAUCCGAGAGGAAGAGCAGAUUCCAGAAUUGGAGCGGUUGAAAGAAAGAAGUACCCAUCUCAUCAAGAAGAACCUAGCCUUGAGCAGUUUCAAUAUUAGUCUCAUAUCUUCACUCUCCAAAUCUGAUGUGUACAAUGAUCCAUAUUUGCGCGAGACACUGCUAUUUUGUGGUGAUUACGAUGAUUACAAGCUUGAAGAAUAG